AUGACUGCCGCCGCUGGACGCGUCGCCUUUGUGACCGGCGCCGCUGGUGGCAUCGGUAAAGCCACAGCUCACAAGCUUGCAAGCCGCGGUAUCUCUGUGGUGGUGGUUGACAUGAACGAACGAGACGGGACUCGGGUCGCCAGUGACCUGACAAAGAGGUGGCAUGUCCGCAGUAGAUUCCUCAAAGUGGACAUCACCCAGGAACAAGCGGUCAAGGACGCGAUUGCUGCAGCGACGGAAUGGACUGGAAGGUUGGACUACGCUGCCAACUGCGCCGGGAUCUGUGAAUCAAUCUGGGCCGAAGAAGAAAGUAUAACCACCGAGCUGUUUGAGAAGACGCACGCCAUCAAUACUCUCGGUCUGUGGCUUUGUCAGAAGCAUCAAGCGCUGCAAAUGAGGAAGCAAGAGCCAUUGCCCAUAUCCCUCAACCCCCCUUCUCCACACGCAAUCCCAGGUCAACGAGGAGCCAUUGCCAACGUGGUCUCGAUCUCAGGACUUCAAGCUGCGGGUCUGGCUGCGUACACUGCGAGUAAAUAUGCAGCAAUUGGCGUGACCAAAAAUGGAGCCAAGUUCUACGGACCAGACGGUGUCCGAGUGAACGCGCUGUGUCCUGGGUGGACUUUGACUACAAUGAUAGAGCAUAGCAUGGGCAAGGAAGGUACCAUCGGCACAAAGGAGAAUCAAGAGUCACCAGUGAGCAAACAGAUCGCCUUGAGAAGGAUGGCGUUCCCCGAAGAGCAGGCAAGCGUGCUGAGCUUCCUGCUGAGCGAUGAAAGCAGCUACAUGAACGGGUCCAUAGUUGUCAAUGACGGUGGCUUCCACGACAUCCGAUAG